AUGGACUGCAAUAAACAAGAUACUCCUCAUAGUAGUGAGAAUUCCAUUUGUAGAACAGCCUUCAAAUUAUGAUCACUGCAAACGCUAUGCCAGUUGGACUUGGUCAGCAGCGCCUUGGUUCAGGAGGUCCUGCUGCACCCAGGCAUCUGGAAAGCUGGCACGGGUUCCCUUUCUGUGCCACAGCUUUUGCGGGUCCUCCAAGAGCUGUUUUGGAGAGCCAGGGUGGGAACAGCGGAACAGGUGCACCCCAGAGCUUCAGAACUCACCGCCAGCCUCCUGAUGGCCAUGUUUGACAGCACAGGGGUGGGUGUCCUCAAGCUUCUGCCCGUGGCUGCUGCCUUGAUCGCGCUCUCGGGGGACAGCCCUCUGACAAAAUACAGAGCUCUUUUCCAGCUUUAUGCAGAAAGCAACAAAGAAGGUUAUGAAUCCAGGGCUUGCAUCACUCGAACAGUUUUGAGAAAUUUCCUAAUGGAUCUACAGCAGAUCCCAGCUGUGGUGGGUGAGAGUCGCAGGCUGAGCUCGGUGGACAGCGCUGUGCGGAGCUGCUUCCGAGGGGUGUUGAGCCCGGGAAUCAAGGAGGAGAAAUUCCUCUCCUGGGUGCAGUCUGAGCCUGCAGCCCUGCUGUGGCUCCCGACCUGCUGCCGGCUGUCGGUGCCAGAGAGGAUCACUCACCCUGCCCGGUGCAGCCUCUGCAGCGCCUUCCCCAUCACCGGACUGAGAUACCGCUGUCUGAAGUGUCUCGACUUUGAUAUCUGCCAGGUGUGUUUCCUCUCUGGUCUCCACAUCAAGUCUCAUCAGAAGUCACAUCCUGUAAUUGAACACCGUGUUCCGAUGUCAGCGAAGGAGAACAGGACACUGCUCCUCAGGACGCUCAGAAGCAGCCGGCUCCAGGGGCGCUGCCAGAGCGGAGCAGCUCUGAGAAGGCCGGGGCUGCUGGAUGCGGGGAAGCGGGAGGACCCAGCUCCCCGCACACAGGCCGGGUGCUCCACUCAGUACCAUAGCUCUAAAAACCCUGUGUGCGGCAGGUUGGUGAGACCAGUGGAGGCAGCAGCCACCAAAGUUUCCCGCUGCGGCCACCUGGGAUUAUCUCAGGCUCAACAGGUGAGCCAUGCCAGCCCACAAUACCAGACCAUGGUCAGCAUGGAGAGUGAACUGAGGAGGACUCGAGAGUCCAUCAAUGCCCUCCAGAGAGAAAGAAGGCUCCUUAAAAAGCAGUUAAACCGAUACAAAGACAAGUUGCGAGCGCUCUACACCUUCCAGAAAGAAAAGUGUGACAGAUUUGAGACAAAGAUUCAGGAACUCACCAGUCACCAGGACAGUCUGCGUUCCAAGCUGCAGCAGAUGCGGCAGGACAUACAGGCGAUGUUGCAGCCAUUCCAUUCUUCAUCUUCCUGCCAACAUAUAGUGUCCAAGUUUGAUCCCUCAGCUGAUAGGUUUGGGAAGGGAAGAGACUCUUCCCAGAUGGAGAGCAUCACUGAGGGUGGCCCGGGCUGGACGCCUCUUCCUCACCCUGCCCUGGUUGACAGAAGCCAAGCAGAUGUACACCAAGCUCCACCAGAUCCACAGUCACUAGCAACUGCGGUGCAAACCACCAAGGCUCAGAGCUACAUACAGAAGACACCAAAGGAAAUCCUCAGGUCCCAGCCUGGUUCUCAGCAGAGACUGAUGCAGGACAAGCCCCAGGUCCCUCCAACUGAAGUGACCAGCACUGCUCUGGCCUCUGCGGGAAGGAAAGAGCUAGUCAACACUGCAGAAAGAAAGGAUGAGCCAGAGGAAGAGGAGCUACAGGAACUACUGUCGAAGCUCACGGAUGCAUUCAGUCUGGAAAUGCCAUCAGGUCCCGGGUCUUCAGUGAGAACAGAUCUGUAUGAAGGCGCCGAACGGGUGUGCAGGGCUUUCUCUGCUCUUGUGGGUCAAGUUACCUUGCCCAACUUGAAGUGAGAGUCCGAGCUCAAAGGCCCCUUGAUGUCUCCUCUCCUUCCUUCCUCCAGGCCAGGGUGUUCCAUACGAAGUUCCACGACCAGAGCUCGGGUCUACACCCCGUGUCUAUCACGUGGGCCAAAUCUUCCCCGACACUUGCUCUGCAUGAGGCAUGAGCUGAGAGUGGCUGUUACAUUUUUUUUAAUGGUCAGAAAAGAUAUUUCACACCUGAAAAUUCUGUUGAUUCAAAAUUCAAGGUCCACAAAGAAAGUUUGAUUGAAACCCAACUGUUUCCUUGGAUGCAUAUGUUGUUAUAAUUUAUUUUGUUCUGCCAAUGCCUGCAGAGUUAGCCACUGCGGAGGCUGAAGCCCACAAAGCCACUCUGAUUAUAUUUAAGACCCAACUCUUGGCAGAAAGGAUGCCAAGGAGGAGCCCGAGCAGGCUCCACUGCCCGAGCACAGCAUCUUCUCAGUGACACAGGAGAAGGAAUGGGUUUACCAGAUGGUUUUGAAGAAUGUGAGAGAAGAUGUUAGGGGAACCGUCGUGAAGGAGAAACCAUGAGCUUAUGUGGAAAAGGCAGCCAGAGGCUGGCAGCUGCUUUAAUGCUCAUGUUCAUGCGGUCAACCAAAGCAUGAGGCAGGGUCUCCUUCCCCGGCUCCUCCUCAGGCUGUCUUCACCCACUGUAAGGACUGGGCUGAGCCUCCCAUGAAGCUGUUGUAGAAUAAUGCUUUCGAUGAGAUUUCUAGCUUCAGGAGGACCCCAAACCUUCAGUGAAACAUUUACUGAGGAUUUUUUUUGGAACCUGUAAGAAGCUAGAGAAUUACUAAUGUAUCUGAAGUCCAUCAUUGAUUAUAAGAGAAUGAUUAGAGACAUAGGAACAAUUAGAAAUAAAAAUAACAGUGUGUCUGGAGCUCUGAGAAACUCGCUAAUCCAAUGGCACUGCUUGGACUCUCAUCCAGGCCUGGUCAUUUUUCAGGGAAAAAAUAUUUACAGGUUCUUCUAUUAUAAUGUUGUGCAUUUUAAUCUUAUUUUGUUUUUAAAUGCAAAGUAUAACUAUUAUAGAGUUUUAAUAUUUACUUUUAAUAUUUAAUUUUUAAUAUUUACCCAAACAACAAAUGUGUAAUUGGGAGAUAGUUUAUACUUACUCUGCUUUAUUAGAGUUUAGACAUCAUUACUGGUAAACUUUAAAUAUUGAAAUAAAGAAACUCCAAUAACAUAAA